AUUUCUGUUAUUUUAUUUUCUCCUAGAAAAUGAACUUAAACCCUAACAACAGGAGAGUUCAGUGUAGCGGACUGUUCUUAAACCCAAUUCUCAGGUCCCCAAGUUUCAUUGAUUCCAGACCUGAACACCAAUGGCGUACGUCUUAUCUAAGCGCUGCCAAUGGCGACCAAGGCUGUUCCCCAACCUUCCAAGGAUCUCAGACUCUUCUCCGAUCUGUCUCCUCCGCCUCUUCAGCUCGAAUCAAGAUUCGGCCACAACCGUCGUCGACAACGCAUCAGACCCAAUUUCCGACUCUACUUGUACAGAAGCUCAAACUGGACGCGAAAUUCCAACCCCAUUAAAUGGUUCGGAGACCGUCAUGAAUCAGAGAACCCCACGAGGUAAGCAUCGAAACCCAGAAAAGUUAGAGGAUAUUAUAUGUAGAAUGAUGGCUAACCGGGAAUGGACUACUCGUUUACAAAAUUCAAUUCGGUCUUUGGUUCCCCACUUCGAUGCCACCCUCGUUUGGAAUGUCUUGCAUGGUGCCCGGAAUUCGGAGCACGCGCUUCAGUUCUUCAGGUGGGUUGAGCGUGCCGGUUUGUUUGAUCACGACCGUGAGACCCAUUCUAAGAUUAUUGAGAUUCUAACCCGAGCUUCGAAGCUCAAUCAUGCCCGGUGCAUACUCUUGGACAUGCCCAAUAAGGGAGUAGAGUGGGAUGAGGACCUUUUUGUUUUGCUUAUUGAUGGUUAUGGUAAAGCUGGGAUUGUUCAAGAAUCUGUGAAAAUUUUCAAUAAGAUGAAGGAGUUGGGUAUUGAGAGGAGCAUUAAGUCGUAUGAUGCUUUGUUUAAGGUUAUUCUGAGGAGAGGACGAUAUAUGAUGGCGAAAAGAUACUUCAAUGCUAUGUUGAGUGAGGGGAUAGAGCCUACUAAGCAUACUUAUAAUAUCAUGAUUUGGGGUUUCUUUCUCUCAUUGAGAUUGGAGACUGCUAAACGGUUCUAUGAUGAUAUGAAGAACAGGGGUAUAUCACCUGAUGUUGUUACUUAUAAUACGAUGAUUCAUGGAUAUAAUCGGUUCAAACUGUUGGAUGAGGCAGAAAAUUUGUUUACAGAGAUGAAGGGAAGAAACAUAGCUCCCACGGUUAUAAGUUAUACUACCAUGAUAAAAGGGUAUGUCUCUGUUGGUAGAGUCGAUGAUGGACUGCGAUUGUUUGAGGAGAUGAAGUCUUUUGGUAUUAAGCCCAAUGCUGUUACAUACACGACUUUGCUGCCUGGGCUUUGUGAUGCAGAGAAAACAUCUGAAGCUCAGACAAUGUUAAGGGAGAUGGUGGAGAAGUUUAUUGCUCCUAAGGAUAAUUCCAUCUUUAUGAGGUUGUUAUCAUGCCAGUGCAAGGCUGGAGAUUUAGAUGCGGCUGCUGAUGUACUUAAGGCAAUGAUUCGUCUGAGCAUCCCUACAGAGUCUGGUCAUUAUGGCAUCCUAAUCGAAAACUUCUGUAAGGCACAGAUGUACGAUCGGGCAGUUAAGUUGUUAGAGAAGCUUGUUGAGAAAGAAAUUAUAUUAAGGCCUCAGAGCACUGCAGAGAUAGAAGCUAGUGCUUAUAACCCAAUGAUUCAGUAUCUAUGCAAUCAUGGGCAGACUGGGAAAGCUGAAAACUUUUUCCGGCAGUUGAUGAAAAUAGGUGUCAAGGAUUCUGUUGCUUUCAAUAAUUUAAUCCACGGCCACUCCAAGGAAGGGAACCCCGAUUCUGCUUUUGAAAUUUUGAAAAUCAUGAGUAGAAGAGGGGUUGCUAGUGAUGCAGAUUCUUUCAGAUUGCUGAUUAAGAGCUACUUGAGUAAAGGUGAGCCAGCUGAUGCUAAAACAGCUUUGGAUAACAUGAUUGAAAGUGGGCAUCUUCCAGAGUCGUUGUUAUUCAGGUCAGUAAUGGAGAGUCUAUUUGAGGAUGGGAGAGUUCAAACUGCUAGUAGGGUCAUGAAGAGUAUGGUUGAGAAGGGUGUGAAAGAGAACACGGACUUGGUUGCUAAGGUUUUGGAAGCCCUCCUCAUGAGAGGUCAUGUCGAGGAAGCAUUGGGACGGGUUGAUUUACUUAUGCAGAGUGGCUGUGCGCCAGACUUUGAUAGUCUUCUAUCUAUUCUUUGUGAGAAAGGAAAGACAAUUGCUGCUAUCAAGCUGCUGGACUUUUGCCUUGAAAGGGACUAUACUGUAGAUUUUUCAAGCUAUGAUAAGGUGUUAGAUUCUCUUUUAGCAGCAGGAAAGACACUGAAUGCAUAUUCAAUAUUAUGCAAAAUAAUGGAGAAAGGAGGAGUUUCUAGUUGGAGUAGCUGUGAAGAUUUGGUUAAGAACCUUAAUCAGGAGGGCAACACAAAGCAAGCAGAUAUUCUUUCCAGAAUGAUAAAGGGUGGAGGCAAAGAAGCCAGUGGGAGCAAGAAAGGGAAGAAACAAGCAUCCGUAAGUGCCUGAAUUUUGUUAAAUUUUAAAGCAUAUUUAUUUAUUAAAACUAUUUACCAAUCUUCAGAUUUGAGUAGUCCCUUUGUUGCAAUUUUCCAACAUCUGUUUCCUUUCUUUGGAUGUCAGCAUAAUCAAGUUCUAGAUUUUGGUUGUUAAUUUGGUUAGCUUUGUAGAGCAUAUGGUACAAGUGACAACUUCAAUGUCCAACAUUGACAAAAAACCCUUGUACAACAAAUAAGAAACCCAUGCUGAUGUGAAAUGGAAUAUUUUAUC